AUGCGCUUCUUGCUGCGCAUGUGCAUACGCUUUGCGCCUCAUGAGCCGUUUGGCGUCGUCCAUUGGCAUCGUCAAUUCAAAGUCGCUGUGGCUUUGGGGCUUGCAGGGAGGUGUUUUGAUGAGACUCGCAUUGCUGCUGUGCAUGCACAGGGACGAACGGCUGGCAAGUCACAUACUGUGCAACUCGACUCGACCAGCCCGCUCACCGGAAAACACCCAGCACCCCAUCACGCCGAGCCUGAUCUCGCCUCGACCUACGCUGCGAACGCCAGCAUGCUAGUUUCCCUCACCGUCGGCAAGGUCGACGCUGGCGUCACCGUGCUCCUGACGCCAGACAAACGCCUGAUCGAGUUCCCCUCCAUCCUGCUGCCGCCCAACAUCACCUCGGGCUCCAUAGUCGACAUCACCGUCUCGCGCAACCAUGGCUCGGAAGAGACGGCCGACCAGCGCUUCGCCGCCCUGCAGGACCAGAUCUUCAACGCCUUCGGCGCCUCGGAGCCCGUCGCCCCCGUGCUGCGCUGCCGCAACGCCACGCAGACGUCGGUCGUGCUCGAGUGGGACCCCAUCGAGCUGGCCACGGCCGACCUGAUCUCGCUGAGCCUGUACCGCAACGGCCAGAAGGCCGGCAACAUCCCCCGGCCCCUGCACAUGCACAGCACCAAGAUCUCGGGCCUGGCCGUCGACACCGAGUACGCCUUCCACCUCGUGCUGCGCACCAGCGCCGGCACCAUGGCCAGCCCCCAGGUCGUCGUCCGCACCCACAAGAUGACCGACCUGAGCGGCAUCACCAUCACCACCGGCAUCCUGCCCGCCGGCCAGCGGGACGGCCUGGCCAAGGCCGUAGAGCGCAUCGGCGCCAAGAUCGUCGACGGCGUCCGCAUCGACACCACCCACUUCGUCACCACCGAGGGCCGCGGCAUGGCCUGGGAGAAGGCCGUCGAGAUGAACAUCCCCGUCGUACGCCCCGAGUGGGUCGAGGCCUGCGAGACCAACGGCCGCAUCCUCGGCGUCACCAAGUUCUACCUCGACGCGCUGAGGCCCGGGCCCCCGGAGUCGGAGGAGACGACACCCAAGGCAUCGGCACAGGUACCGGAUCAGCAGCAGACCAAGUCCCUCCCCCCUGAUCCGCCGGCGGAGAACGGGAAUGGCGCGGCAGCCACGGAGGAAAAGAAGGAGGCAGAGGAGAGCAGUGACGACGAUGAUGACGACAGUGACGACAACGAAGACGGCGGCGCGGCAGAUAGCGAAAAGGCCGAGGAAAAGGCCAAAUCGGCGGACGCGGAGCAGAAGAUGAGGCUGGAGGACAAAGACACCCAGAAGGUCGCCCUACGGCCGGGGCAGGCCGCGGCGUCAGGCAAGGAGGAUGGCACGGAAGGCGACGACGAGGACGGCGGCGUAGACGAGAAGCAGCCGGCGCCGUCGCCGGGCGAUGGGGCCAGUUUCCAGGACGUCGCCCUAUAA